AUGUCGUUCAAGGCAGACGAGCGGCGCAGGUCGUCGGGGACGAGCAGGCUUGCUCACGCGAUGGGAAAUGCCCUGCGACGAGUCUCGCUCGUGCGAAGGCCCUCGUCCGAGAACACGACGCCGACGAGUAGCGCACUGGGCGACGGAAAGAGGCAAACGGACCAGCUGGACCGACCGAAACCCGGUCACAUCGCGAGGAAACCCUCCGUCGACACCGUCACGAGCAGGUCGAGCGUCUCGAGCUUGCAGGCGCCGACGUGCAAGCUGAACAGCUCGAGUCCUGCGUCCGAGCUGCCCAAGACCUGGGAGGAGUGGAACUUUGCGUACGCCAACGGCUUCAUCGACUUUGACGACCCUCCUCCUCCUCCCUCCGACCUCCGCACGUCCGAGUUCGUCACCUCGACCGGCCAAUUCCGCGCGCCCUUCCCUCUCAACGAGACCAAGCGUCAACGAGCAGUCGACUCGAUCGGCCUCUUCAACCACCCGUCGAAGAAGGCGGCUCGGAGGGGAUCGACAAAGGACCCGCUCAAGCCUGCAUCGCCUGCGCCGCCUUCCUACCCCGAACCCGACGGCGACAAGUCGCCAAAGUACGAGGAGGCGGUCGGCGAGGCGAUCAAGCGGCACGAGGGACCCGUCUAUCCUGCCCUGAAGAAGCUCGCCGAGGAGGCCAAGCAACGUUUCGGCGUCGAUGCGACGACCGUCUCGCUCAUGGACCGCGACAAGCAGGUCUUCCUUUCGGACGAGACGUGCGAGUUCUUGCAAGAGCGCGACGACGUUCCUCGAGAGCUCACGGCCUGCAGUCACGCGAUGUUGAAGGCGUCGACGGGGACGAAGGACCCUCUCGUUAUCCUCGACUUUGGGCAAGACUGGCGCUUCGAGAAGAACGGCUUCGGCGCGUACAGCAAGGGCUUCUAUGCAGCUGCACCAAUCAUGCUGCCCGCCUCGCUCGGCGACGACAAUGGCGCCUAUCCCGGCGGCAUCUUCUGUUUGCUCGGCGAGAAACCUCGAGUCAAGUUCAGCGAGGACGAUCGGCGCGAGCUUCAAGAGAUGGCGGACAAGGCAUCGAACGAGAUCAAGCGCUUCGCCGAAGAGCAGCGCGAGGAGCGCUGGCAGGAGCUGUCGAAGAAGCGCGGCGACUUUGCGCGACGGAACAAGCUCGCUCGUAAGGUCUCGUCGCAGCAGCAGAACCUCGACACGGUCGUCGAGAUGCCUACGCCGCCUCUCACGCCUACGAUGUCGAUGCUCGACUUGACGGACACGGCGGAGGACGAGUUGUUCGCCCAAGCAGACUCGGAGCGCGAACCGAGAAGGCCUUCGCUCGUCGAGUCAAUCGGCUCGAGCGCCUCGCUCGGUGACUUGCGCGCGACGUCGAACAUGCCGGUCUUUGGCGCGCGAGCGGACAACCUGUCGGGCGUCCUUGCUACUCCCGCCGACAACGUCCCGCCUGAGGUCGGCUCCGUCCUCGACCUCUCGACGCAGCUCGUCGCCGAGUCAAUCGAGAUCGACUUUGCCUACGUUGUCUCCGUCGAUCUCGCCUCUCGCUCCGCCAAACCCGUCCGCCUUCUCUCGUCGUACGGCACGCCCAUCCCUCCUCCGCUCUUCUCCCUCGACGCGCACAUCGAGGCUGCCAACUCGCCCCAAGCGUCGGUCCUCUACGUCAACGACGACGCUCAAGUCCUCGACGGCGACUUCUCAACUGGUCUCGUCGUCCGCAUCGGCAAGAAGGGGAACACGGGGUACCUCCUCGGAUGCUUUGCGGAAGACAGUCGGCGCGUCUUCAAUACGGAGGACCUGCUCUUCGCCCGCAGCUUUGCGCGCGACCUCGCCAAGUACCUGCCGGACCUGUAA